AUGUCAAAGCUGAACUGCGAAGUAUUAUAUGAUGACCUGGCAUUCGAGGUGAGGUGGGCGGUCGCUGGGGACAGUGUCGUCAUACAACUCGUCGCUAAACUAGAGGACGGUGAAUACAUGUCGUUUGGUAUUUCGGGCCAUCCAGAAAAGUCCCAAAUGAUUGGCGGAGAUAUUGGCGUGACCUGGAUCGACAAGGAAACGUUAAAGGGCUAUGCUGAUGACUACUUCCUCGAAUCCAAGAGCCAAUGCGCUGGAAGACACGGAUCUUGUCCAGAUGAAGUUUUCGAACCAAACACUGGCUCCAUCCGUCUUCUGAAUGCGGCACUAGUCAACGGUUACUCGAUAGUGACGUACCAGCGACCUCUACGGGCUUCGGAUAAACUAGACUUGCCUAUAUUUACAAACGCCUCGCAACCGAUUAUCUGGGCUAUAGGACCAAUCAACUCGGAGGGCCAGGUUUCCUACCAUCAAUACUUUACUAAGGGAGACAAGUUUUUGGAGUUCGGUCGAGCUCCCUUAUGGAACUGUCCAAUGCCGGAAGAAGAAGAAGAAGAUGGGUCACCCCAGCUUGCUUCACCCACCGUUAGACCCCAGCAGCCAAGCCGGGAAAGUAGCUCGCAGGCUGUGAUCAAGCCAAAUCCAGUUCCUCCUCCCGCGCCAGUCGCCAAGUCUGUCCCCUGGGAGAUCCCCGGAAUAGAAUGCUAUGAACCACCAGAUGGUGUUUUCUACGCUCAAAUGGGACCUACAGGUGGCAAACAGGGGUACUCCGCUAUUACGGGCCAUGUCGGAUGGGGUAUAUCGUGGUACAUUAACGGUCUACUGAUACCAGAACUGACCCUUGUGCGAGGCAAAAAGUAUACUUUUGUUGUGGAGGGUGGUUCUAACUCAGCGGAGCCUGCGCGUUUUCAUCCAUUUUACAUCACCAAUGACCCUGUUGGAGGGUAUUUCCACAAGAACGAUGCGGAGAAGAAGGGCGUUGAAAUAUAUGCGGGAGUACGUCGCACGCGCAGCGGUGAUCUAAUACCCACCGGCGUGGGUCGGCUUUGCAACUGGACCCCGGAUUCAGAAGGUCCAAGUGCCGAUGAGUAUCCCAGUUUCGGGGCUUACCAGCGGUCUCUCACACUUGUUUGUGAAGAAGGAAAUCCGGGUGUAGUCACUUGGAUCCCAGACAAGAAUACUCCGGAUACUGUAUACUAUCAGUGUUUCACACACCGACAUCUUGGUUGGAAAAUAAAUAUUGUUGAUGAGUGUGACGCCACUGAAGCUGAGGAGAGUCGGGUUGUAGAGAGCGUAGCACUGCCAACAGAUCUACUUAGUGAAGAGUCAAUACAGGUACAGAGUCGUGUAAAACCGGAUUCUAGCUUUUUUGAUCAUCGCAAGAAAUUCGAAAAAAUAAUCAAUACGAAACAAAAUUAUAACGAUUUCAGUAGUAAUAAUGGUGAAGGCGGUCUUAAAGGAGAAAUUUACCCUGAACCCGAUAGAAAAUUAUAUACGAACGGACACGAGUAUGAAUUGCCAAUAUCUCAUGGACAAAUUAAAGAAGUUAUAGAAGCAGUGGAGAGUUUAGAAGAAACAAUGAAUAGCGAGCUCCAGAAAAACUCCACUAAUCCACUAACCCCACAACAAUACCAAGUAUAUGAAGAUGUUAAGGAAGGCUUUGCUUCAGAACAACCGAUAAGAGGUGAUGAAUAUGUCAUUGAAACCAGCAAAGUCCCUGAAACUUUUAUGUUGCCUCCGAACCAAAAACCGCAAACACUUCAUGCUGUUAUGCGACCAAACUUACAAAACAAGCCAAUGGGAAAUAUGCGACCACCAUACAGGCGUCCAGCUCCACCUGAAAUUAAACUACGUAGGCCUUAUCCUGCCUACCCGAAAAGCAAUACAGGUUAUCCGUUACCAAUGCCAAAUCCACAUAUAUCUCAUGGAGUCCCCAAAAAACCAAACAAGUACCCUAAUACAAGACCACCAAUGAAUGGAAAUAGACAGACACAAAUGCCGAAUAUUCCUCCAAUGAAAGCCAUGCCACCGCUUCACCCACAUAAGGCUUUCUUUCAACAAGCACCAAAACCUGCACAAAAACCGACAAAUAACUUAGCACAGUCGGUUAUAAUGGGCAAGCCUAGCCACAAUGCACCCGUGCCAUCUCAAAGUCAAACUUUAAGCUUAGGCCGCACAGACAUAAUAGCAAAUCAAGUUGUUAAAAGUCAGAUAACAUUGCCGGGAUCAUCUAAUGAUGCAGUACCACAGCAGAGCGCACAACAAACAUAUUUCACUAAACCCGGACAAAUAAUACUUGGUAAACCUAUGGACCAUCCGAUGUCACUGGACCAACAUAUUGCAUUAAUAACCCAGCAAAACGGGCCUCCUUCAACCCUUGAACCUGAAUAUCACCAACCAACUGUAACUCAAGUUAAAGUUGUAGAACAACCACAUUCUUCACAAAAUGAUGUUAAAUCUUCUGAUUUCAUUGGUCAAUCUACUGACACAUCUUUCCCUCCUGCCCUAAAUACCGGCUUCAAACCCGAUUCCAUAGUAAUUGAAAGUGGUUUCAAACCCAUAAUAAGGGAACCUCUAAUGGCAAGUGAAGACAAAAUUGCCGAAUAUGAAGGCAAUGCUAAUAGACGUGAAGAUACUGAUAUUGAAGAAGACUAUGAAGAAUCACCACAAUACAUCAACACCAACCAUGCAUAUCCGAGCGAUAAAAUCACAGAAACUUUUGAACCCAUGUUCAUUCCAUCUCCUCCGGAUCAUCUAAUCUCAACUAACGAUAAAACAAAAGAAAUUUUUCCAAAAAAUCACGCCAAAGAAGAUAGACCACAUCCAGUUUAUGUAAAAACAGAGUCUGAACUGAAUGCUUUAUUCAGUAAAAAAAAUAUUGAAAAAGAAGUUGGAUCUGAUUUAAUAAUGGAGUCAGAUAGACUCAGACCAAGUUAUUUACCGCCAGAUCCUAAAAUACCGAAGGAACACUCACAAAAGCUAUCUAAUGAUCAAACGUUUACAACAUAUGAUGGAAAAACAGUUUCCGCAGAUACUUUAACUAGUAUACCAGAUAUUAAUAAAACCCCUGUGAAAAUUUAUUCAGCAAAAUUACCAGCUAAUACAGAAUUGUUGUUAAAAACACCACAGUUUGGCCCAUUUUUAGGUGAAAUACCGCCACAAGUAAUGGAACAUAUUAGAAGAGACGGAGCAAGUGCACCAAAAUCCAGUUUCAAGGAUACUCGGACAACUCAUUUAAAGUUGGUAAAUCCUUCUCAUAAGCAUGAAGAUAUAACCGGUGAUUUAGAAGCAGAAGGAAGUGAAAUAAAAGAAAAAACAGCAAAAAGUAACUCAGAUAAAAACAACGAAGAUGAAGAUUUGGAAGAGUACGAGGAAGAUUUAGACACCGAUGAACAAUCACGAACAAAACGUGACACUAAAGCUGCACAGUUUGAAAGAAAUGAAAUUGAAGAACAGAGGCAAGUUACUGAAAGAUUAAAUAACAAUAAAAUGAAUCAGAUGGAGUUUGAGGAGCAAUCGACGCAGUCUAACAGCUCCAUAACUAAUACGACGAGUUCAAUUGUGCAGCUGAUUCUUUUAAUAUUAUGGUAUAAGGUGUGCUAA